CUGACACAUUGACCGGUCAAGGGAAGGCACGCUUACGUGUAGGAGUAUCCGUGGUUGUCCGUUUCUCAGCCUUGAUCGCGGCUCAUCUCAACAAAAAUCUCAUUCGUCAGUUUCUCCUCACAUCGCACAACCUUGUCUUAUAUGUCAGCUUCUCAGCUUGGCACCUCGCAGCCAUCUCGCAUUCACAUCCUAGACAACGAGAACCUCCAGAAGUCUGCUAAAGAUGCCAGAGCUUACUCCCAUACGGAGGCGCUACAAGACUACGCAAACUGUCCCAUCGGCCUCAGUGGAAGGUCCGGCAGAAUUCAUCAAGCUCGCGUUGGACCAACUUGACGUCCCAUAUAUCUAUUUCAAGCGGACCCUUAGACAAGAGGCAGCCACUGGGGCGUCAUUCCAAGUCCGCUAUUUCGAUAUAAAUCCCGAGAACUUCAAAAUGGAUACCAAGCACAAGAUAGAAACUCGCCUGAAGUUAAAACAGGGGCAAUGGCUUGUUGCCAAACACAUUGCGCCGCCAACACCCGAACUUCGAGAGGUGCUAGGUACAAGCGAUGUGAACGGCGAUGGUGUAAGGCUAGGCUCAAUGGUCAAAGAAAUGAGAAUUCUCGCUCAUGAACCUCUACGAUCUCAUCGCAACAUCGUCCAGCUCUUGGGGUUUAGCUGGGAGAAGCAAAGAGACGAGCUGGACAGGAGAUGGCCGAUUCUCAUCAUGGAGACGGCUGAUUGUGGAUCACUGAAGGAUUUUCUAGAGCUGGCGGACAUAUCAAUCCAAACCCCUACUCUUCGAAUAUCCCUUGCCUCAGAUAUCGCUUCUGGCUUGGAGGCUCUACAUAGGUGCAGAGUUGUUCACGGAGAUAUCAAACCGGAGAACGUUCUGAUCUACCAGCUAUCCCACGAUACCUUCCAGGCAAAGAUAUCUGACUUUGGCUCUGCUUCUCUCAUCGAGGAUCUCAAAUCGGAGAUUGCCAACACGUCGCCAUACGUUUCGUUGGAAGGAUUCACGCCGCCAUGGGACGCGCCCGAGGCUUUUGGAGAGAUAGUGCUAGAAGAUCUUUGUAAAGUUGAUGUGUAUGCUUUUGGCCUAUUGGCAUGUCAUUUGGCUGCUUUCGGAACAGAUGUUUUUUCCGACUUCCGAAAACAAUCUAAUGGAGACAUAGACACGGAGUAUACCUUCGACCAAAUCGCAGCUCUGAAGAAGGAUUCUACACUAAUGAUUGGUCAUGCAAAGAAGCAUAUUCUCUCAAACUUUGGAGCGACAGGAAAUGAGAGAUCUCGAUUCUUGCAGAUCAUGGAAUGGACACUCGAAGAGUUGCCUAGCAAUCGUAAAGACAUGGCGCAGAUCAGAGGGGUUUUAUGUACUACUGAUAUCGAAGAACAACCUCGUCUUGAAGAGCAUGUACCAUCACUUCCCGCAAACGAUCCAUCAUCAGACGAGCACCCACAGUAUCAAGACUUGCGACGGUGGGAUCAAGACCUAAUGAUUGUAGCAUCCGGAGAUAUAAUCUCUACCUGGCACCAAAGAUCCCUAGAUGACAUGGCCAGCAAUGAUGCCAGCAGAAUCGAACAGGGCGCACAAAGAUUAUUUUGGCUCUGUCGAGGAGUAAUAUCAGGCGCUUUAGAUGAGGACGAAUCAUUUCAAGCGUUGAAAUGGCUCUUGAUAUCCGCCGAGGCAGGCUCUGGAGAAGCACAAGCGUCGGUGUAUCCUCUCCUAUCUGCUCUCGAGGAGAUUAUACCUGCCGAGUCAAUACACCAUUUGCUAGUAAAUGCUUGCUACUCAGGCGAAACUUUGGCAGAGGUCAGUUUGAGAGACCUAUACCCGGAUUCGUACUCUGAAGUACUACAGCAUCUGAAGACCACAUACUGUGGCUACGGACAGGAUUGCUUCGGUGAACAAUGGAGGAACGAAUAUCCCUUGGACUAUCUCACGGACACCGUAGAAGAUUGGCUGGAAGACGCGCGCGAUAUCAACGAGCUGCACGACUACCCAGGUAUGGCAUGUGGGAUGUCAUGGCUGCACUACGCCGCAAGCAACGGCCGCCAGGACUUAGUGACGCACCUGGUAGCUCAAGGUGCGGAUCCAAACGUUCUGAACGACUACGAUGAGUCGCCCUUGUUCAUGGCUUGUCAGGCCGGUCAUUUUGGAGUAGUUCAAAUCUUGUGUCCAUUAACCCGGAACGAUAAAAGGGACACAGAUUUUCUCGCUUCCAACGAAUUGCACAACUUGACCAGAUUUGGAACUGAUGUGGUAGAGGCUGUAAAAUUGCUUUUGGAUUGGGGAGCGGACAUCAACCAGCAAAAUAGCGAUCGACAACAGACACCAUUAGCCUUCACUCUCAACGACCCUAAGCCCAGCAGCAUGGAAGCAGCAGGAGUCUUGCUAGUCUUAGGCGCUGAUCCACUCAUCGAGGAUUACCAUGGGUUGGAUUGCCUGGCGCUUGCUGCGUGCCAGCUCUCCCCUGAUUUGAUUCAACUCGUGCUUGGCUACAUUCCGCCGCAUCAGCUUACCCAUAGUAAGGCAAAAGCAUUGUGUUCCGUUUUGGAGAUGGAAAAGUAUGAGAUUCUGGUAAAUGGAGCCAAAGACUACCGUGUCAAAGUGUACAGCACGCUGAAGUUACUUGUGGACUUCGAUACCUGCGAAGAGUUUCAAGAUAUCACCGGUCACUCUGCACUGACCUUCGCUUGUGCUAAUUCAACUUUAGCUAUGGUGCAGUGUUUGUUCAAUCUUCUGCCGGAUAGCCCAUUGAAUGAAUGGCAGUCGUCGGCCGAAGGAUGGACGACGCCUUUGAUGGGUGCGAUAGUGCAAAAUCGGUUCGAAACAGUCGAGUAUCUGCUGGGUAUUGGCGCUGACGCUACGAUACUUGAUCCCGUUGUCCACUGGUCGCCUCUCUUCUAUGCAGUGUCCGGGCGCCCACGGAUUGUCCUUGCCCUGGUCCAGUCAAUCGAGAAGAAUCAUUCCUCGGCGACAGCAAUUCAUUAUGUUAACAUCAGAGAUGACGGAGGUUUUACUGCGUUUGAUGUCGCUGUAGCUGGCGACUUCUUUGAUGCCGCCGAUAUCCUCACAGCGUAUUCGCCGGCUUUCUUGGCUCAUGUUAUCCCUUACAGUGUGGGUAGCACCACCCUAUACAAUUUCCUCGGAUCAACGGUGUACAAAGCAGGUCAAUUAUUCUACCUCUUGAACCUGAUUGGUACCGCUGCCGACCUACCCGUGGUAGACAAUGAGGGUGUAACACUUCUUCACGCAGUGUCUGGCGUACCGAUAGGUGAAUUAAGCUGUAUACUUUGAUAGAGUCUGCUAAUAGAUUCAAUGACAGACCGAGCCCCUGAUGAUGAAGUUCGCUCAAUCAUCGAUGCUGUCGUCUCUCGCUUUCCCAAUCCUGAGUACGCAAACUGCACCACACAGACCGG